GCACUCCAUUCUGGCUUUCGCGAACACAGUUCUGCAACGUGCCUGUACUGACAUCAUGUCUCUCCGACUGUCUAGUGCCUCCAGGAGGUCCUGUCCCCGUCCCACCACAGGAUCGCUCAGGCUCUCUGGUGGGGGCGCCAGCUUUGGGGCUGGAAAUGCUUGCAGCUUUCCUGGGAUUGGAAGUGGCUUCUCUUGUGCCUUCGGUGGCAGCUCUUCUGGAGGAAACACAGGGGGAGGCAACUCCUGUGCGGGCUUUACCUUAAAUGAGGGGGGCCUCCUUUCUGGCAAUGAGAAGGUGACCAUGCAGAACCUCAACGACCGCCUGGCGUCCUACCUGGAGAACGUGCGUGCCCUGGAGGAAGCAAACACAGACCUGGAGCAGAAGAUCAAGGGCUGGUACGAGAAAUUUGGGCCUGGCUCUUGCCGUGGUCUUGAUCAUGACUACAGCAGAUACUUCCCAAUAAUCGAUGAUCUCAAAAACAAGGUCAUCACUUCCACCACCAGCAAUGCUAAUGCUGUCCUGCAAAUUGACAAUGCCAGGCUCACAGCCGAUGACUUCAGACUCAAGUAUGAAAACGAGCUGGCUCUUCACCAGAGCGUAGAGGCUGAUGUCAAUGGGUUGCGCAGAGUUUUGGAUGAAAUAACCCUGUCCAGAACAGACCUGGAGAUUCAGUUUGAAACUCUGAGUGAAGAGAUGACUUACCUCAAAAAGAACCAUAAAGAGGAAAUGAAGGCCCUGCAGUGUGCGGCUGGAGGCAAUGUCAAUGUGGAAAUGAACGCAGCUCCCGGGGUGGACCUCACCAUCCUGCUGAACAACAUGCGAGCUGAGUACGAGGCCCUCGCCGAGAAGAAUCGCAAGGAUGCCGAGGCCUGGUUCAAUGAGAAGAGUGCUUCGCUGCAGCAGCAGAUCUCUGAGGACGUCGGAGCCACGACCUCGGCCCGGAAUGAGCUGACCGAAAUGAAGCGUACCCUUCAAACCCUAGAAAUUGAACUUCAGUCUCUCCUGGCCACGAAACACUCCCUGGAGUGCUCCCUGACGGAGACCGAAGGUAACUACUGUGCCCAGCUGGCGCAGAUCCAGGCUCAGAUCGGGGCCCUGGAGGAGCAGCUGCACCAGGUCAGGACCGAGACCGAGGGCCAGAAGCUCGAGUAUGAACAGCUCCUGAACAUCAAGUCCCACCUGGAAAAGGAGAUCAAAACCUACUGCCUCCUUAUAGGAGGAGACGACGGGACUUGUAAGUCUGGAGGUUACAAGUCUAAAGAUUGUGGAUCUGCAAACAUAGGAAAUCAAGUCAAAGAUUCAGCCAAAGCCAUAGUGAUAAAGAAAGUUCUUGAGGAGGUAGAUCAACGCAGCAAAAUACUUACCACUAGGCUCCACUCCCUGGAGGAGAAAUCUCAAAGCAAUUAAUGUGAGACACAACAGAGAACAAAUGCCAAAUACCAUUAGAGAAGAAAAGGCAUUAUACAUCUAUCCAGAAAAAUGAGCAUGUCUAAGAAAAAUAUCUGUCCUGUUGUCUUUCUGUUAAUUUCUUUUUCUGGGCAAUCAAUAACAGUAUCUCCCCAUUCAUCCAGAAGAGUGUCACAUACAAAUAUGACAACUCAUCUGAUUCCCGAACAGAAUUCUGUUGUCCAUUCUCUGUAUUCAAUAAACUUCCUUUAGCAAGUUA